GCGCACGAUGCCCAGUCACCGCCGCGCCGCCGCCGCCGCCACCACCGCCACCACCGCCGCAGUCAGCCGCGCCACCGCCGCCACCGCAGCGCGGCCGGCCGCGGGCUGAGAGACCCGAGCGUGGCGAGGACGCCGCCGGCAAGCCGCGCGCGCAGCAGCAGCCUCCCGCCCGGUGCGCCGAGCCCCCGGAGCAGCCCGCUUCCAAGCCGAGGCCGCGUAGCCAACCUGCGGCCGCGGUCCCGCGCGCGCGCGCGCGCACAAAGGCUCCGACGGCGCCCGGCGCCCGCGGUGGCCUCGCGCGCGCCCUAGCUAAGCCCGGGGCACCAUGCCGCGGCGCCUGCAGCAGCGGGGCGCCGGCGUGAAGGGACCGCCGGCCUCGACCUCCCGGCGCUCGCAUCCCGCCUCCGCCUCCGCCCCCCGGAGCCCGCCGGCGGCCACGACCAAGCCGCUGCUGCGCUGGGACGAGGUGCCCGAUGACUUCGUGGAGUGCUUCAUCCUGUCCGGCUACCGGCGGCUGCCGUGCACCGCGCAAGAGUGCCUGGCCUCGGUGCUGAAGCCCACCAAUGAGACGCUCAACUUCUGGACGCACUUCAUCCCGCUGCUGCUGUUCCUCAGUAAGUUCUGCCGCCUCUUCUUCCUGGGCGGCAGCGAUGUGCCCUUCCACCACCCCUGGCUGCUGCCGCUGUGGUGCUAUGCGUCGGGGGUGCUGCUGACCUUCGCCAUGAGCUGCACGGCGCACGUGUUCAGCUGCCUGUCGCUGCGCCUGCGCGCCGCCUUCUUCUACCUGGACUACGCUUCCAUCAGCUACUAUGGCUUCGGCAGCACCGUGGCCUACUACUACUACCUGCUGCCCAGCCUGAGCCUGCUGGACGCCAGGGUCAUGACGCCGUAUGUGCAGCAGCGCCUGGGCUGGCACGUGGACUGCACCCGCCUCAUCGCGGUCUACCGCGCGCUCGUGCUGCCCGUGGCCUUCGUGCUGGCUGUGGCCUGCACCGUGGCUUGCUGUAAGAGCCGCACCGACUGGUGCUCCUACCCGUUCGCCCUGCGCACCUUCGUCUUCGUCAUGCCGCUCAGCAUGGCCUGCCCCAUUAUGCUAGAGAGCUGGCUCUUCGACCUGCGAGGCGAGAACCCCACACUCUUCGUGCACUUCUACCGCCGCUACUUCUGGCUGGUGGUGGCCGCCUUCUUCAACGUGAGCAAGAUCCCUGAGCGCAUCCAGCCGGGUCUCUUCGACAUCAUUGGCCACAGCCAUCAGCUCUUCCACAUCUUCACUUUCCUCAGCAUCUAUGACCAGGUGUACUACGUGGAAGAGGGCCUGCGCCAGUUCCUCCAGGCACCCCCUGCCGCGCCCACCUUCUCGGGCACAGUGGGCUACAUGCUGCUGCUGGUGGUUUGCCUGGGACUAGUCAUCAGGAAGUUCCUGAACAGCACCGAAUUCUGCAGUAAAAAGUGAGCCUCCACCCCCGGAGGAGGCUAUGGUUUGCCCACCGGUUUGCGUGGAGUUUCUGUUGUUGUUGUUGUUAUUGUUGGUUUGUUUUCAAGUUUUGUUGUUUCCUUCUUUGCUGGAAGAGGGUGCUGCAGGCCACUAGGGAAAGGUUCCCUGACAGUUGGGGAAUCCCAAGUCCACUGGCCUUUAGAAGAGGGAGAUGGGAGGUGAAACAGAAGGAAGAGGGCCUCCGGGAAGAAAAUUAGGGACUGUCUAUGAUAUCCAGGGAUUUUUGCAAAGACAGUGAGGAUUGUGAUUACAGAUAGAGCCCCAAGCAGUUGGCUUUUCUAACAGUCUUCUGUGUCCCUUAGUGAAGGCAGGUAUGCAGUGAAGAGGAUAAACACAAACCCCUGGCUGCUUCUGAGGUCUAGCAAUGCUUGGAUUUGUCGAAAGAAUGGAGCUUUCUCUGUUGGGAAAUGGGCACAAAGACACAAACCCGGGGCUUAACCCGCUAGACAAUGCAUGGAAUGUGAACACAAGUUAAUUAUUUCAAAAUGUGUAUCAGAUGUUAUUUAAAUGAUAAUAUAUUCAAUGAUUUUUUUCAUAAUUUAUCGAAGCCUGUGAGAUGCACUGGAUUUCCUUUGUCACAUAGUUUUGAUUUUUGCAGCCUUCUGCAUUGCACACGUGAACUGGACCUUAGGGCAAGCUGCUUGAGAGAGUUCUCGACUACAUUUUUAAACAGUGUUCUGUGAAGGCCUGUGAGUGUCAUGAUAAAACUGUGAAUGACUACAUAGGGACUCUGAUUAGACUAUUGGUUAGGCUCCUGUGGUUUGUAUAGGUCUCCAAUUCCUACUUACUUUGAUGUAUUCCACAAAACCCACCCUGGGUUUUUGUCUCCCCCCCCUCUCUCUUUCUCUCUUUUUUUAUCUGAUUCUUUCCUCUCUACUUACUUAAGUUGCCACUAAAAUAAAUGUGCCUUUUGAAGCAAUGCCCAAAUGACUGGUCCUCAAACGUAGCUUCUUGUACUGGGAGAACAGCAUAUUCUUUUCCCACUUUGCUGCAAAUCAUGGAUGAACAGAACGGAGGGAAGGUGGAGGGUGGGUUUAGGUUUCUAGUGGGGCCAGAAAUAGCUUGAUGGUGUACAGAGUGUUUGGCUUCUGCAAGAGUCAGCCCUCUAACGUGGCUGAGGUUCCUACUGCAGCCACAACGGCUGGGAGGUUAGGACAGCGACACAUGUAUCCUUGCUUCAAUUUUAAAAGGCAGUCAGGAUCAGGAAGUUCUAUUAUGAAAGUCAGAAUCUUGUUAUUUAUUACUGAAAUUUUUGAGUUAAGACUACAAUUGCCCAGUUAAACCUCAAAGUCUCAUUUGAAUCCAGGCUGUGGAAAUGAUUGGUAGUCACCCCAAAUCCUUGCAGAGUUAGGGAACAUGUUCCCAGAUUCUUUCUAAUGACCCUAUUGGCCAGUGUUGUUAGACAUUUCUUAUAAAUGUUAACCUGUCAUUAACCUAACAGCAGUAUAUUUAAAUAUUCGCCACACUUCUUGGUAAAAGUCCUUCAGACUAAGAGGCAACUAAGAAUGGGGAGCAUUGGCUUAGUGGUGUAAUUGAAGACAAGCACAUGGGGUCUAUGAACACUUACCUCAGUCCUGGUAAGAUGGUGCUCCUGAAAAGAUUAGUGUUUUGUCUAUGCUUUUAAUUGCUAUUGUAUUUGUAAAUAGAGAACCUUGGCACAAUUCCCUGGAGGAACCAAUGCCCUGAGUGUGUUCACUUGCACACAGAAGUUAAAUGUGUGUGUGUGUGAGAGAGAGGGGGGACGGGAUGUAUUGAAUUUAGGACUUCUUAAUAGGAUUUUAAAUUUUACUUUGCAUGACUCCUGAUGAAUGUCAAUGUCUUAUCCUUUGCAAAAUGCCAGGAGAUUUCUGUGUGUUUACAGAAGUUGAUAGUGUGCUUACUACCAGUGCUGUUACUCAGUGAAGCCGAAUCCAGCACUUAUAUCCGGGGAUAACUGUAGACAUCAGGAUGUAUCCACGUACACUUUCUUGCAUGCUGCUGUUACUUCUUGUAGAGUCUCAAAGAAUGUUCAUUCAUAAACUAAAGAAACAGCUUAAGGGAUAUUAUGUAGGAUUUUUGUUGUUAUGGUUGUUGAAUUGGGACACCCCCUCUGGAAGGAACUCUCAAGAGAGAGACAUCUGGAAGAAUCCAUGAACGUGAGAACAGGCACUAACACCCAGAGUUUGUCACUUUAGGUUUUUGUUGGAGAUCUUCCGGGUCCUCUCUAGCUGUGUGUCUUUGUCUUUAAGCAGAGGCCACUUGAGGAUAAAAAUCAUACCCGGAUCGUUUUCAAGUGAUUAUGAUGCACGAGCCAGUGAGAUGACCCGCUUUCCCAGGCAAGAUCUCCCCACACAGCAUGCUCCAGGAAAAAGGAGGCUUCACCUCCCCUCUCCUCCUGACAUCUCCUCCCCUCCACCCCAUCCCCACCCCCAUCCCUGGCUCUGCACCACUAGCAUUAGGGAUGGGACAUUCUAAUUGAAAAGAGGAUUGGCUUCCCUUCCUGUUCCCAGAUACACCACAUACACCAUUCCCGAUCAGAGAUGCUUUAACCACACGUUCAUGGCUCUGAACUAUGUUAUUUCUGUUAAGGCAGAUAAUGCCAUUUUAGAGCAAAUAUUUACUCAGUCUAUUUGCACAGAGCUAACGGGGCUUAUUACACAUUUCAGGAGUAAUGUAGCCGUCAGAAUAAAACUCUAAAAUAAUACUUUUCCACCUUCUCCAUUUCACCACAUCCACUAGGUUUGAUUGCAUUUAACAGUUCAAAAUACAUGACAAAUUAUACAUAAGGAUUCGCUAUCUUCAUACAAUCUAUUCGGCAGUAAAAUUUUGAAACAUAUUAUAAAACCCAAUUUCCUUUUCAUUUGUAGCCAUAACCUAGGUGGCAUCUCCAGGAGCAGCCCCCUCGGAAGGGUGCCUGGGAAAUGAGUGAUGUCUGUGCCCAUUGCUCCGUGAGUUGCUUCUAGGGCUGGCUAAGGCUCAGGUUCAGUUGGCUACAGGGAGACCCUUUCUCCUUUCUCAGCUUGCCACUCAGGUGAAGAAGAUGACCUUCCCAGAGAGAGGAAGUACAGACUCCUUCAUGUCAUGACUGGCUUGUAAAAAUAAACAUGAUCUUUUUCCACUGGCCAUACACGUUCCAUAAAUAGCCCAGGGAGAAAGUACGGGGCUACAUAACUGUCCAGAGUGGCCUUAGACUGCUUCCAUUCAUAAACCCCACUGUAAGUGCUCACAGUCAGAAAACCACGUAGCCUAAUCUGAUGGGCAACUUUAUAUAUGGGGGAACUAUUGCUAAGAAUAUCAAACUGGUAAGUUUUUCUGAUUGAGUGAUGGGUCUGAGGGGCUGACAGCAACAAGCCAGGGGUUUUAACCUUCCACUCCCCCAGCUAGUAUAUCUGCUCAAAGCUAUAGUCGACAGGUAUGGUUGAAGUUGCUUUUUAAGGGUUUUAUCAUUGGCUGAAGGUGACAGAAUUCAGUCUUCAAACUGAUAGUGAAAGCAGGGACAGCUGUGUGCUCAGCUGUGUCUAUUACUCUGCAGGACUAUGUUGCAUGGUCAAGUAUACAGAUGCUGAUUGGAUAUAUUGUGUGUAAUCAUGGAUAAGAUAUCCUUUAAUUGAAUACAUCUAUUCAGUUUUAAAAUAGAUCAAAAUAAGAGACGGGAACCUUUAAAAUUAGAUUAUAGGAUCUUAAAAUGUCACCAGCCACCGAGAUGAUUUCUGUCACCUUGUUCUUUAUCCAUUAAGUUUGCCAUUGCUGAUUGACUCCGUUAGGCUCCUUUGGCUGAUGCCUACCUAGUCUUCAAUGUGAUCUUCCUAGUGCUUACUGAACAUUUACUCUACGUAAGGCACUAAGCAACGAUCCAUGUAUCCAUCCACGUAAUUGCCUUUUGGUCUUACAGCAGAGCAGAGUAGAAGUUUGAGUUUUUUCUCCUGUUGGUAUAAGAUCAGUCUCGCACAGUAAUAGACCCACAGCGUUUUACUUUUCUCCUUAGCUUAAAGCUUUUUUUAAAAUUUAAUUUACAAUUCAGGUAUAAGAAGAGUGUGUCUAUGAACAGAGUUUAAUGUUUUAUCAUCAUGGUAAUGACAGUAGUAACGAUGAACUGCUGGAAGGUUAUGGCGUCCACAUCAUUUCGAAGAGUGGUUUGCUCAGAGUGCCUACAACAGACAGUGUAGUGAAGUCAAAGCAAGAUUCCACUCAGGCAGGUGUUUGGAGAGUUUAGCUUAUGCUUAACUCUCCAAAAAUCUUCUGGCCUUUGCCUGCCCUCUUCUUAGAUCCUUCCAUUAUAACGAGAGAGAGAGAGAAUUGGAUUCAGACAGCCAACGUGGAACAGCUGCUCAACUCCGGACAGUGUUACCUGAUUUUAAGUUCUGUCCCUAGAAAAGCUUUCGGACUCUGAGGGUGUCCGUGCUCAAACAGGUGGCAAGGGAUUCUAUUUGGCAUCCUAACACCACCCUGCAGCUUUUGACGGCAGCUCUGCGUGCCGUGGGAUAUUUUGAGUAGUACAUUUAUCCUGUGGCUUAAUUUGUUUCCAUAAAAUUAGGGCAUAGGUCAAAAAGGCAUUAGAGGCUAAUUGUGAAGGACAUUUUAAGUCAUUUUCUUAAAGGAUUGUCAGCAUUUGUUGACAUGUACUGCCAGACAAAAGCAAAGGAGCCUAGACCCCUGGGAAAGGAAGCCCCAGAUGGCUGAAACCGGCAUUGUAGCCAUUCCUUUAGGAGGGGCCACAGGCCUUCCUACUGAAGUGUUGAGGUCUUUGAUAUUGUCAAUAAUUUUUUUCUUAAUUACAAAAUGACUAUCAGUACUUAGUAAUCAAAAAAACCUAACAUAAAUUCCUGUUACUUCUCAGAGAACAAAUGUAUUGCAUUUCUAGUUUGUGGAUUUCUCACGAAUUUGUAGGGUUUUUUUUUUUCUUUUCUUUCCUUUUCUCUUUCUUUCCUUUCCUUUUCUUUUCUUUUACUUUAUUUUAUUUUUUGUGGUAGCUUCUUACACAGUCUGUGAGCAAGCUUCAGAACUGGCUAGUUAAGUUAUAGGUGGGGACCCCAAGUGCUCACUUAGCUAGUCAUAGUGGCAGGGUGGGACACACACCUGUAUGCAACAACCCGCAGUUACUAUUUGGUGCAGGAGGAGAGCAGCCCCUUCUUUAAGCUUUUAGAAGUACCUGUCCCCCACCCUGUGUUAAGCUUCGGAAUGUAACAGAGACGCUUUAAUGCUUUUUGUUCCAAACAUGACAUUUCCCAAGGAAAUAUCUUGAGUGUACAAUUCCAUUCUCGAAUGUGGAAAAGUGGCAGGCCACCUUCCCCACGCCUUACAGUUCCACCCCAAAUAUGCAGUAAGCACGCGCAGUGAAGGCCGGGUCGGGAGGAGCCUUCGGAUGGUUAUUUAGCCGUGCAGUAAAGACCCUGCUUCUCCUGGCUCACCACCACUCCGAGGUGGGCAGGACACCACGGCAGUGAACCCUGCUUCUGGGUGAAGUACAGGGACACACUUCGCUUCUUUCACUUCUUCUUUUGGUUCCAUCUCUAUUUAAAAAGUAUAGUCUUUUUUUUUUUAACUUGCUGGAUGUGGAAAAAAAUGCAUGGUAAAAAAAAAAUUUAAAGACAUAUUUUAAUUUUAUAUUUCAAAGGUUUGUAAUAGCAGUUUGUUUGUUAAAAACAGGCCUUAGCACAUGGAUGAGAACCAGGGCUUUUUCAAAAGCCUCAUCUUUGAGCUCUUACCCAAAUGAUAAAGACCUCUUGGAUCUUUCAAACUGUAAAUAUUGUGUAGUUUAAAAAAAAAAAAAGGCUAACUUCUUUUUUAAGAAAAAAAAAAAAGGCAUCAGAUAGAUUCUAGGUGCGUAACAAAGCUAAACUUUUAUAAGAUUCUGCUUAGAAACUUUCAAUGAAUUCCCUCUCUUGGGAAGGCCCAGCAGAAAAAGUCUGUUUCUGCCACGUUGGUGUACUUUCCUGGGGCCACGAGGAAAAUCAUUCUAACCAAGCCUCUGAGUACCUGGGCAAUAAUGUGAGGCACAUUUCCCUGGCUGGAGUGUCACCAUAGCAACCAUAGAGACAGCGGGAUGCUCAGCCUGGGCAUGUGUUUCUUCUACAAGGAAGUCAUGAGCCCAAUGUACUGUUGCCUAGACAGGAAAGCUUUCCUCUGGGGGCUGUGGGGAGGAUUCUGUUGCGGUUCUUCCUUUUGCUUAGGCAUGUGGUAGCCCUGAAUUUGAAUCUUCAUCUCAGCUCUCCCCAAGCCAUUCCAGCCACCGUUGAAGCCUUUACUCUCCACAAAACCAGCCUUGAAGACAACAGGUUCCUAAAAGGAUUCCCAGUGUGCUUAGGCAUCCAGCCAUCUGCCUUACAAGGGUAUUGUUGGAGGGACUGUCUGUCUUCCCGUGCUUGGAGCAGAGGCAGGGGGCGGGGGUUAAGACAUCAAAUGGAAAGGUUUCAUGUGUAGGGUUUAGAGCUCAUGAAAUGGUGAUAAUAGAGGAAGAUGGGAGGAAAGAAGAACGCAGGCAUAAACAAGUUUUUCCACUGCUUGCUAAAUCAAUUCUUCUUUGGCCACCUUGACUCCAGUCCUUACCCUAAGAACUGACUUAGCUAGAGAGGCAUUCCCUCUCAGGAUGUGAAAACCUCCAGCCUGGACUGUAAGGUGCCUUCAAGUCCAUGGCGUAUUCGGACGGAAGAGCCUUACUUCAUCGUAAUUGCAGAUUUCCAGAAAAAUGAAGUAAAAUCAUCUAUAGAAGCAGGCAUCAUCCGGGCCAAUUCUGUGCAUGUGACUGAACAAAUUGCCUUUCAUGUCUGUUGUACAUUUUGCUAUGAUUUUACUUUUCUGAGACAUUCGUUUUCUCCUGUCUUGAACAUGAAAAAAAAAAAAAGAAUCUAAAAAUGAUAAACUAUGCAUUUUUGCUGAAAAACAAAUGUAUGAACUAAUAAAUGAUUUGUAAGCACA